UAAAAAUUCUAAAGUCACUGAACUCAAAAUAAAGAAACAUGUUACAGCUUCUGAAGCCUCUUCUUUUCCUAUACGAUUCAUCUCUUGCCCUCCUCUCAACAAUGUUCCAUGGAGGAGGUCUUAAAGCAUCCAUGAAUGGUGUUGGGAAUGGGAUAAGCAUGAACACUAUGUGGAAAGAAACAAAGAGUACACUCAUAGUUCCAAUGUUUAAGUACAUAGUGGAUGUGUGUUUGAUCCUCUCCCUCUUAGUUUUCGUAGAGUGGGCUUACAUGAACCUUGUAGUACUCUACGUCAAGUUGUUUAACCGCAAACCUGAGAGAGUCUACAAAUGGGAGGCAAUGCAAGAAGAUAUGGAGCUUGGUCCUCAUCAAAACUACCCAAUGGUUCUUGUCCAAAUUCCCAUGUACAACGAACGAGAGGUCUUCGAAUUAUCUAUAGGUGCUGCAUGCAGACUGAUAUGGCCAUCCGACCGCCUAGUUAUUCAAGUUUUAGACGAUUCCACCGAUCCAGCCAUCAUGGAACUGAUAAGGAUGGAGUGUGCAAAAUGGGCAUCUAAAGACAUAACCAUACACUAUCAGAGGCGAGACAACAGAAAUGGCUACAAGGCUGGAGCUCUUAUGCACGGCAUGAGGCAUAGCUACGUAAAGCUUUGUGACUAUCUUGCCAUAUUUGAUGCUGAUUUCCAGCCCGAGCCAGAUUACCUCCAACGCGCUAUCCCAUUUCUUAUCCACAACCCUGAGAUCGCUCUUGUCCAAGCUCGAUGGAGAUUUGUAAACGCGAACACAUGCUUAAUGACGAGGAUGCAAGAGAUGACUCUGAACUACCACUUCAUGGCUGAGCAACAAUCUGGAUCAACAAGACAUGCUUUCUUUGGCUUUAAUGGAACUGCGGGAAUAUGGAGAAUCGCGGCGAUGGAAGAGGCCGGAGGAUGGAAAGACCGAACGACCGUAGAAGAUAUGGACUUGGCCGUUCGUGUUGGUCUUCUCGACUGGAAAUUUGUGUUCAUCAAUGACCUUGAGGUGAAAAGCGAGCUACCAAGCAAAUUCAAGGCUUUUAGAUUCCAGCAACAUCGAUGGUCGUGCGGUCCAGCCAAUCUCUUCCGGAAAAUGACGAUAGAUAUUAUUCACAAUAAGAGAGUGAAGAUUUGGACGAAGUUUUACGUGAUCUACAGCUUCUUUUUCCUAAGAAAGAUCAUUGUCCACUUCUUCACUUUCUUCUUUUACUGUGUCAUUCUUCCUACAAGUGUCUUCCUUCCCGAAGUUCAAAUCCCUACUUGGUCAACUAUAUACUGUCCUUCUAUCCUCACCAUCUUCGGCAUCAUCGCCACUCCAAGAUCGUUCUACCUCGUGGUCUUUUGGGUUUUGUUCGAAAAUGUAAUGGCUAUGCACCGGACCAAAGGAACUUUCAUUGGCUUAUUUGAAGGAGAAAGAGUCAAUGAAUGGGUUGUCACCGAAAAACUAGGAGAUACUCUUAAGACUAAGCUGCUUGCCCGGAAUGGAGGAAUUCUCAAAAGAGUGAAUUUGAAGGAAGUGAUGAUGGGUAUAUACAUAUUAUGUUGUGCUUGCUACGACUUUGCCUUUGGGAACGCAUUUUUAUAUUUAUACCUCUUCAUGCAAGCCACUGCUUUUCUCAUCUCCGGAGUUGGCUUUGUUGGAACCUAAUCACAUGCUGAAAAUAUAUGAAUUCAUUUUUUUAGCAUGAUGUUAAUAUGAUAUAUAAAAAAUGGGUGAAUUAUAUUGGGAGUAUAUUAUA